AAAGCAAAGCAUAACACCAAACACAAGACGGCUAACCCAAGGUCGACGCCGGCGUCAAGAAGUUUCCUUUUUCUUUCUCAUUCCGAAGCCAUAAAGAAACGAAUUCCAAUUACAUUUUACCACACUCAUUUUAACCAAUUCCAACGAGAAAACAACAAUCCCAAAAAAUGGGUGGUGUUUCAAGAGAAGCAGAGAUGUCAAUGGCAGCUCUGUCCAUGUUCCCCGGCUUCAGGUUUUCCCCUAAAGACGAAGAGUUAAUUUUGUUUUACCUCAAGAAGAAACUCGAAGGCUCCGACGAUAGCGUCGAUGUCAUUUCCGAGAUCGAGAUUUGUAAAUUCGAGCCAUGGGAUUUGCCCGGGAAAUCGAGAAUUCCUUCAGAGAAUGAGUGGUUCUUCUUCUCUCCGAGAGGAAGAAAGUACCCGAACGGAACACAGAACAAGAGAGCGACAGAAUUGGGGUACUGGAAAGCCACCGGAAAAGAACGAAAUGUGAAAACAGGGUCUGAGAUUAUUGGUACAAAGAGGACUCUAGUUUUUCAUUUAGGACGUGCUCCAACAGGGGAAAGAACAGAGUGGAUCAUGCAUGAAUAUUGCUUGAAUGAUAAAUCCCAGGAUUCUAACUCCAUGGUGGUUUGUCGUCUCCGGAAGAACAACGAUUUUCGCCGGAACAAUGCUGACAAGGCAACUUCUAGUAAACUGCAGGCCGGUUCCGGCGAGGAAGGUGACGGCGGAGUUGGAGAGAAGGUGGCGGGUGAAAGCGACAGGUUUUCGAAGAACUGCAGCAGUAGUUUCGGUUCUCAUUCGUUGGAGCAAAUUGAUUCCGCCAUUGAAUCCAACCACAAACAAACGUCUGAUCCGGCGAUUCAUGAACCUCUCAGUCGGGAAAAGGGUAAUGGUGGAGAUGAAGAGUUGUAUGCAGAUUUAUUGAAAGACGACAUAAUUACAUUGGACGACAGCUUAUUAUGUGCAACUCAUAAUCAAACUCCUGUGAUUAUGAACUUCUCCGAAGCAGAGAAAUACACACAAUCACCUACACAAACAGAGAUGAAGGCGCUGUCUACCAUGGGAAUCAAAUUUAAGAAGCAAGAGCUUAACAAAUUCCAUAUUAACAUUGCAAUUCUAAUCUUUCUUCUCAUUAUAUUUGUGGCUUGUGUUCAUGUAGUAAUUUGGUGGUAAGAGUAGCAUGUUUUAUGACAUUCGUUGUAACAAAAUAAUUAUCAUUACAUAUUUACUUAUACAUUAUUUAUUCCCUCU